UCGAAACAUCCAACCGACGCUCGACAGCAGGUCAACUUCAAAUCAGGACACUAUUUCACAGCAGAUCGAACCCCCUGGAGGCCCGUCGCUCGGAAUUGGGAGAGCUAUCCGUCAACCCUCAUCAUGCCAGCACGUAUCCUCAGCAUCCGAUAGCCACGCAACGCCCGCUCUCCCACCCAGCCAUGCCCUCCUAUUCCCACCAACCACUUCCAUCCCAACCAGCCCGCGACUCCCUCGAACUCGCCUCCCUCGCCUCCUCCACCCUCUCCCACCGCGAAUCCAUUGAGUCCUCCCUCUCCGGCGCCCCCUCCUCCCGGCGCCUUUCCUUCUCCUCCGACGACCCUCUCGCCCAUGGACCCUCCUCCCCCCGCCCGUCCGGCCGCCCGGACCGCUCCUACAGCGCUUCCUCCACCUUCGACUUCGCACAGAACCUCUUCCCUCUGUCGUCGACGGCUGCCGGAUACACGGCGCUCGGCGCCCCGGCGGGGACGGGGUUCGACGUCACCGGGGCGCUCAACGGCGGGAGUCUGGAGAAACAUAAGACCUUGACGUACCUGAACGGGUUGAGCCUCGUGGUCGGGUUGAUUAUUGGGUCUGGCAUCUUCUCGAGCCCGAGCCAGGUCAAUUCGAAUGCCGGGAGCCCGGGCGCAUCGCUGAUCGUGUGGAUGGUUGCGGGCGUCCUUGCGUGGACGGGCGCGGCGUCGUACGCGGAGCUGGGAGGCGCGAUUCCGCUGAAUGGAGGCGCGCAGGUGUAUUUGUCGAAGAUAUUCGGGGAGUGGGCGGGGUUUCUCUUUACCUGGUGCGCGGUCUGCGUCCUCAAGCCCGGCUCCGCUGCGAUCAUCGCCAUCAUUUUCGGGGAGUAUGUGGUUCGCGCGAUUGUGGGCGCGGAUGCCUUGGAGGUGAGCACAUGGGUGAACAAGGGGGUAGCGUUGGGGGGAUUGAUCGUUGUGACGUUAUUGAAUUGCAUAUCGACCAAGCUGGGCACGCGGUCGGCGGAUCUGUUCAUGUUUCUGAAGUUCAUUGCAUUGCUUGGAGUUACGGUGACGGGCAUUGUGGUGGCGAUUACUGGGUUUUCCUACAAAGGGCAUGCGAGCGAGGACUGGAAAGCUCGUGGGUGGUUUGAGGGCACGAGUUCCGAUAUCUCGAAUUGGGCGGUGGCGCUAUAUGCGGGACUUUGGGCUUUUGACGGUUGGGAUAAUGUCAACUACGUGACAGGAGAGUUCAUCAACCCCACACGCGAUCUCCCUCGAGUCAUCCACACCUCUCUCCCCAUCGUCAUCUGUUCCUACCUCCUCGCCAACGUCGCAUACUACCUCGUCCUCCCCAUCCACAUCAUCGAAUCCUCCAACACCGUCGCCGUAGCCUUCGGCUCCGAAGUAUUCGGCCCCGUCGGCGCCCUGGUUCUGGCGCUCUUCGUCGCCGGCAGCUGUUUCGGGGCCCUCAACGCCACCACCUUCACCUCCGGCCGUCUGGUGUAUGCGGCCGGCAAGGAGGGCUACAUGCCCUCGAUCUUCGGGAAGAUCGGAGUCGGCAGUCGAGAUCAGCUACGGCUGCAAGCGGCGCGCACGGCGCCGACGUCGAGAGCAAGGAGGGUGGCGAAGAAGCUCUUCGGACUGAUCGCGGAUGAUGCGGGGGUGUUCUACACACCGAUCAAUGCUAUGGUGCUCAACGCGACGCUGACUGCCAUAUAUGUGAUCGCGGGCGAGUUCAAGACGCUACUCACCUUCUACGGCGUGGCGGGGUACACGUUCUAUUUCUCGACCGUUCUCGGUUUGAUUAUCCUUCGGUUUAAGGAUCCGAACCUGGAGCGUCCAUACAAGACCUGGAUCACCACGCCCAUCAUCUUCUGCUGCGUCAGCCUCUUCCUCCUGAGUCGAGCCGCGUUGGCCGACCCGCUGCAGACAAUCUUGGUCGUGUCGUUUGUCGUGGCCGGUGUCCCGAUUUAUUUCUUUUUGGUGAAGCCACGGAAUUCAUCCCGCACGCAUAGAGAGAAAGGAGACGGCUGGAAGUUCUGGAAACGAUGGGGAAGGUGGUAAUGUCCCCAUUGAUUUGUAGUUAAUCUAGCGAAUAUGUAUACUGUGACCGUUGAUAUUGUGCGACGGUCAUAUUUUCGGAUUCCCACGCCGAUCGCCCGAAGGCUCCAUCUCAAACCUGAUGCGCAGAAAUCCUGUUCUGAAUGCUUGUACGACUGCCGAGCUUACAAACGGUCGACUAUCAACCGUAGAUAGAUCAGAGCUGGCCCGACCCGUUGCUCUCCCCUUCUUCAGGAGUUCCUGUCCCAACCACUCCUUCAGCUGGUUCUC